UAAAUAGAGCAGGAUCUAGUUGCAGUCCAAGUUAAUGCUAGCUGGCUCUCCUCUUGUGACUUAGUUUAACCCAGAUUAUGUAUCUGUGAAUGUUGAGGAUGAUGUUGAAGCAGUGAUUAUUGACCAUGGAGAAAAUGGACUGUCCACACAAAGCUGCGUGUCAAUGGAACAAAACUCUGAUGUAAACGGUGUUCACCAUGUGGCUCAACUUGCCUAUGGAAGCGAAGGCUUAUCAGUGCUAGCUGAACGAGUGGCAUCACAAAUGAGCCAUUCUGCAAGUAUGCAGAGAGGAAAUGGUCACAGCCCUGAAAAAAUGGAUUUUGUGUUUUCGCAUAACAAAAGAAAACGACUCACCCCUACUCUAGUGGGACAGAAUGUGAUGAGAACCAGGGAAGGAGAAUAUGAAGAUAGUGACAGUGUCAUUUAUGAGUAUGAACCAGAUUAUGAGUGUGGGAGUAUUGUAUCUGAAGCUUCCUACACUGAAGCUUCCUACGCUGGAGAUCAGCAGAAAACUCUUAUGGAAGUCCUCAGUUACUGCCAGGCCAUGUAUGAUGCCAUUCAGAAACUGGAUAAAAAAUUUGACCUGCUUCAUCGGAAGGUCUCAGAAAUGCAGCAUACUCGUGUAAAGCCACUGUUGCUCAAACCUAAACCAGUUGGAUUUACAUAUAGAAGUUCCAGUCAUUUGCCCCAAGGAAAAAUAAGAGUGCAAAAAUCCAUGGAAAGGGAAUCAAGUCUUCAUCUCUCUUCGCCCGGCCAGGGAAGGCAUAGCCCAGUCAUAAGGGUUGCUUUACAAAAUGGCCAUGUUCAGGUCAAUUCCACAAUCAAACAUGUUCAACAGAGUCUUCAGCUUGAAUCGCAGCAACCUGUUCGUAGGCAGAGCCCACCACUCCCCACUAUAGUUUCUACGCAUUCGUUGCAUUCAUCAUACGCAGCAGCUAACAGGAUGCCUGACCUUUCUCCACGACCAAAUCUUGUAGCCAGCGUUGUGGAAAGUACUGUCAACAUUGCAUCUUCACCAGUGGCAUCGUCAUCGAUGCCAGCACCAUCUGAGACCAGUUUGGGAAAUAAUGCUGUGGUGGUGAACUACAGAAAUGCAUCUGGGAGUGCAAACAUUAGUAAAGAACUACCAUCUUCUUCAGUCUCCAUCAGUCCUAGCUUUGAGUUUGUUGGUGACCCAGUGAGAAAUGUAAAAGUUCCUGGAAACUAUUUGAUGAAAGCUCGGCAAAAGACUAAACCAAAGUAUGCGGCGCGCUACUUAGUUCGUGUCUUGUUCCCCAAGGAAACAUUAUUGUGCAGCAUUAUGGGAGUGAGUGCACGAGGGCGCAGAACAUUGGAUCCAAACAAAAUUGCUGCAAUAAGAGAGUUUCUUGCAACUAACUUUCCAAACUAUGAUUUGAGCGAGCAUGGAAAAGACUGGAAAACCUGUAUCACGAAUGUCAAUGCUAUGAUCCGCUGUUUACGCUCUGAAACAAAAAUAAACCCAGAGGCAGCUGAAGGGAAAGAAAAAGUGGCUGACGCUCCAGAUACAUCUCAUUGUAUAGAUUUAAAUUAUAAUGAAGAUAGUGAAGGCAAUUCUCAAAACUCUCAGAAAAUGACCAGCUCCUCAACUGACACGUUGCAGAAUUCAGGAUUGGAUAAGUUUCCAGAUGCUUUCCACACACCUUCAGUCAAGAAACAGCAGUCUUUGGAACCUAUGGAACUUCUUGGAAGUCCAUGGCGCAAUGUUCAGUUGCCUUUCUCAGUCAUUUAUGUAGCUAAAGGGAAGUCUCGGCCAGAGUUGUCAGCUCGCUACCUAAUUCGUCAUAUGUUCACUGAAGAUGUGCUGGUAAAAAGCAAUGUAUAUGGUAAUCUUGAACGUGGCAUGAGCCCACUGGACUGCAAUAGAAUUAAUGCUCUCAGAGAUUUUCUUCAAGAGAAUUAUCCAUCCUUUGAUCUAAAGGAAACUGGAUAUGAUUGGAAGGCAUGCGUGGCUGCCAUAAACAGCACAAUCCGCAGUCUCAGACACGACCAUAAAAAGGCUACAGUUGGAAUCCGCCGGAAAGUCUUGGCAGUGCCAUCAUUGAGCGCAAAGAGUCCUCCACAGAGUCCCACUUCAGUAAAGCCAUUUGAAAGUGACACUAUCAAUCUCACGGACUGAAGCUCUCUAACAUCUGUCUCAAAUCUUAAUUUAGCAGUUUUUUAUAAAUCCCACGUAGAAGCCUAUUACAUUGAGUUGUCCUAUUAUACUGAGUUGUCAGCAGCACUAAAUAGUAUUAUUUCAUGAGACCAAAGUUAGCAGAAGACUUGGGAACCCUAACUCCUUGUAUAAGUAGCAUUUGUGCUCCUCAGCAAUUAUUUCCACUGUUCCCUGUAGCAUUUGCAAUGUGCUCUCCCCUAAAAGCACCUUCUUUUCAUGAUUCAUUGACUCUGAAGGAUUAAUCUGAUUAGAAAAGAUGCACUGCGCAUUAAGUCAGCAGAGGCAGGUAGAAACGUGGAGAGGAAAGAAUGGUCCUCCUUGGAGGAAGACUCAUAGCCAGCUAAAUUAUCUCAUUAUGUGUGAGAAAUGAAAUUUGCUUUGACAAUUGGAUAUUUUAAGCAAAAAUAUCGAAUG